AUGUCUGAUCAAAUCACUCCUCCAAGUAAAUUCAUCGAAUUGAGAAGUAAUUUCAAAUAUUAUAUCGAUUCGUAUGCUGCACUCUAUCAGCUAAAAACGGAAAACAAAGAAGAAAUAUCCUCGAUUUACAUGAUGAUCAAAACAGAAUUGAUUGAUUCAAAAAAGUAUCUUCCGCAAAAUAUCAUCAGAGAUAUUUUAAAUAUUAUCCCGUUUAAUAAUGGCUAUACAAAAUCAUAUUUAUCUCUUGCUAAACUCAUAUCCGAUGAAUAUCAUUUGAUAAAGGUCAACAGUGUUAAUACUAUUUCAAAUUUCUUGUUUUAUAAAGAAUAUGGUAUUAAAUUAAAAGAAUCUGACAUGUUCGAAGAUAUUAACUCAAAAAAUCUCGAUAUUCUUUCAGAAAAUACAAUUUACAAAGCAAUUAUGUAUAAUGAUCUGGAAAGAUUCAUCCCAUCCACUGAAAGAGAUGGGUUUAAUGAAAAUAAAAGAAUACGGAGCGAUUUAUACCCAUAUUCUAAAGAAGGAUAUUCAUUACUUGAAUUAUGUUGUUACUAUGGAGCAGUUGAUUGUUUCAAGUUCUUAAUAACGAAAUUUAACUUAGAAAUUACUCAAAAAUGUCUGAAUUUAUCAUUUUUAGGUGGAAACAAAGAGAUCAUGAAUGAAUGUUUGAUAAAUUUAGAAUCUACUGAAGAAUGUAUGGAAUAUGCAAUUAUUUCUCACAACAUUGAUUUUGUUACAUUCUUGAUGAAUGAGUACAAUAUAAAAAUUGAUUUAGAAUACUGCGGAAUAUAUAAUAAUCUUGAAUCAUUUUUAGUCUAUUUCGAUCAAACUAAUGAUUAUAAAAAAUGCUUUUUUAUUUCCACCAUGUUUAAUAUUCCAUCUCUUUGUGAAUAUUUUCUUUCUCAUGGUGUAAAUAUAAAUGAAAAAGAUCAAAAUGGAAAAACCGCUCUUUUUAUUGCUGCACGUCUUAAUUUAAAGGAAAUCGAAGAAUUUCUUCUUUCUCAUGGUGCAAAUGUCAAUGAAAAAGAUAAUGUUGGAGAAACUGCUCUCCAUUUAGCAGCACUUACUAAUAGUAAUGAAACAGCCGAAGUUCUUCUUUUACAUGGUGCAAAUGUCGAUGAAAAAGAUAAUGUUGAAAAAACUGCUCUUCAUUUAGCAGCAUUUACUAAUAGCAAAGAAACAGCCGAAGUUCUUCUUUUACAUGGUGCAAAUAUUAAUGAAAAAGAUAAAUAUGGAAAAACUGCGCUUCAUUUUGCUGCAAGUUUUGAGAGGAAAGAAGUAGAAGAACUUCUUCUUUCCCAUGGUGCAAAUUCCGAUAUUUACGAUGAAUUUGCAAAUUCCGAUAUUAACGAAGGAUCUGCAAAUUCCGAUAUUUACGAUUAUAUAUUUUAUUAG